GUCAAAUUAUUCAUCAAUUUGGAAGAAGCCGGAACACAAGCAGCUGUUUAUAUAUAUUUUAUUAUUGUUUAAGACACGAUGACUGGGCGAACUAUUAUUGUGACUGGAGCCAGCAGUGGAAUCGGCUAUGAGGUAGCGAGAUACCUGUGUGAAGGUGGAAAUGAUACAAUCUUAGCUUGUCGGGAUGAAAACAAGGCUAAAACAGCGAUUGAAAAGAUAAAAAACGCCAAUCCCAAUGCUCUAGCGACUUUCAUGAAGGUUGACCUAUCGGAUUUCUCCAGUAUUCGUAAAUUCGUUGAAGAAUUCCGGUCAACAGGCAAGAAAUUACACGUCUUGGUUAACAAUGCGGGUAUUCUGCUCAAUAAAAAAGACUUGGACAGGCAGUUUAAUGGGGACAACAUUGAAUUAACUAUGGCUACUAAUUUCUUUGGACCUUUUCUUCUCACUAAUUUGCUUUUGGAGGAUCUCAAAACUACGGGAGCUGACAGUGGAGAUGCCAGAAUUGUUAAUGUUGUUACAAGACUUCACGAUGUUAAUAACUGUAGAAAACAAUGGAAUGUACAGCCUUUAGAUUUCGAAGAUAUUCUUUUGGCUAAAGAAGGAGCUUAUAGCGGAAUGAAUGCAUACAAAAAUUCUAAGGCUUGCACUAUUAUGAUGACAUACGAAUUGGCGAAACGAUUAGAAGGUACUGGUGUAUCUGUCAAUUGCGUAUGUCCGGGUUUUGUUCCAGCAACAGAUAUUUCUCGCCAACAAAGCACAACUGUUAGACUGCUACAUCGUUACGUAAUUGGUCCCGUUUUACGUGUUUCUAAACAAGCUAAAUCUGUAAGUCAAGGAGCUGCUGCUAUUUACUCACUGGUACUCGAUGAAAAAUUCAAAGGCGUUUCUGGAAAGUAUUAUCAAAACAAUACUGAGGCAGAAUCGUCAGCUGAGACUCAAGAUAAGGAAAAGUGGGAGACUAUUUGGAAAAUCGGCGGCGGCUACAGCAAAAUGGACGGUUUUGAACCAAUAGAGGCUCCCAUUCCACCGCCUCCCGAAGAGAAGAAAAAACUGGAAGAAAAUGGAAAGGAGGAAAGCAACGAAAAGGAAGAAGAAAAGGAAGAAAACAAAGAAGAAGAGAAGAAAGAUGUAAAAAAAGAACAGAGCGAUGAAAAGAAAGAUGUUGAGAUUGAAGAACCAAAAAAAGAAAUGGAACCUGAAGACAAAGAGAAAAUAAAAUCAGAGAUUAUUGAAGCUAAGCCACAGGAAGCAUAAAUAAACUCGCAAAACCUGUUAAUUCUCGGUGUCGCUUAUAACACUGAUUUUUAAAUGCGAUUCUAAUCUGUUUGCUUGCGUAAAUUGUGUUCAUAUUCCUUUUUUUUUUCUACGAUGUUUACUAUACUUUUGAAACGAGCAGUAAAGGUUGUAGCUUAUGAAAUUAUGAAAUUAGAAAGAUUUCUUUGCUCCUGCCAAAGCAGUAUAUUAGUGUUGUUCAAAGUGUGGCUUAUAUAUUUAUAACAUACUUUUUUUUCUAAAACUUGUGUUAAUUAAACUGCUAUAAAGUUUAUUGCUUGAUAUCUCUGAAUAUUUUGCAACGUCAGUGCCUCCUAUUUCACUCAUUAUCGUCCGGUGUGAUAUCUAUAUAUUUGUGUUCAUACCUUGCAAGUUUUGUAACUUGAAGCGUAAAAACUACUUACUUUUUUGUAUAUUUAGCAGCUAGUUGAUGUAGAAGUUGUAUUUAAGUAGCUAUGCAUUUAACUAUCAAAUUUCCUUUUUUUUUUGCUAUAUUGUCGUUAAAAUUUAAAACGUGCAAGUAGUAAAAACAGCUGAAAACUUAUACUCAACUUAUAACCUUUGUUUAGUUUGCUAUGAAAAACAACUUAAACAACUAAUGAUUGCGAAACUUGAACGUACCGAUAUCGUAUCUAAACGACAAAUAUCAACAAAACAAAUCAAUGAUUAGAUCCUAUUAGUCUAAGUCUCUGAACAAUUUCAUCCUCAGCGUGAACCGUAAAAUCUCCAAAUUGAACUGACGGACUUCCUACGAAGUCGCUUAGUUUCCGACUAGAAAAUCUAAUUUGUCGUUUUUUGCCCCUUUCAUUAUCGUCUUCGUCUCUUCCUUGACCUCUUGGACUUUUGGCUCUUUUAGUCGCCUUUUCUUUAGUGUUGACUUGAGCGGGAUUUUCUAUGAGUUUCCCAUCUGUUUUAGCUUCUCUAUCCUUCUUACGUUUAGGCGUUGCCUCCUGCUUAGUUUUAGAUUCUGUAGUUUCCUGUUUUUUAUGAGCUCUAUUCAGACUUUUACCUUGUUUUUCGUCAGCCGUAGCUUUCUUUUUAGGUUGCCUUUCCGCGUCGGUUGUUUUCGUUUCUUUUAAUUUUUGACGAUUUUCUUGAUCUUUAUGCGGAAUUUGUUUCUUCUUGUCCUGUCUAGCUUCAUUUGUCGGUUUCUUUUGAGUAGUUUCCUGGGUUGCUUUCACCUUACUUUUAAUAUCUUUUUGCGAUUUUUGUACAUUUGAUUCCCCUUUAACUCCCUUAGACGUAGGAGAUUUUUUUAUCUUUUGGUUUUCCCCCUCUUUAUCUUCCUUCUGAACUUUUUUAGAACGAUUAGCUUUUUUUCCCUCAGUGAUUUUUCCCACCUCCUCAUCUUUUGUUAAAUCUUUCUUUUUUUUUGUCUCCCUAUCGGCUUUCUUGUCACGAUGUUCAUCGGUUGUUUUCUUUAACUUCUUCUGCUGGCCUUGUCUUUUUGAUUUAUCGGUAGUAGUUUUUAUAGUUUGUUCUUUCUUCUUGCUUUUCGGCGUUAACUUCUUUUCUGUGAGAUCUUUAUCAAUGUUGACUCCGCCGUUCUUUACGUCCUCUUGUUCAUUAUCGCUUUCGGGAUCUUCUUUUUCUUCUUCACUAUUGUCGUGACUUUCUUCAUCAUCUUCGUCAUCAUUUUCAUCCUUGUCACUUUCUUCCACAUGGUCAAUCUCUUCUUCAUCUUUCUGUUCUAUAGAUUCAUCAUCAACAUUUGACUCUUCUCCCGAUAUUUGAGCUUGUACAGCUUCUGAUUCAAGCUCCUGAGCGAGUCGUAGUAAUUCUUUAUAUUUGUGGUUUUCAUCUGAUUCUUCGUUUAAUCUCUCCUUAAAAUCUUCUUCACACUUUUUAAUGAAAUUCGAACAUUCUUUUGCAGUUUUACAACCUAAAUUACUCAUGACUAUUGCUAAUGUUUCGCCUUCACCGAAUAUCAUACUCGGAUCUACACCGGCUUGUUUACAUAACUCAUAAGCGUAAACUUUACUAGCGUCUUCUAAAAGAUUAGGAGGCGUUGAACCCCAACCCUUAAAUAUGUAGCCAUACGCUGGAUCGUCGGCUGAAAAUGGUAAGUCAUAUUUACAAGCUUCAGUUAUCGAAGUUUCUAAUAUUCGCUGAAGAAGAAAUUUGAUGACCUGUAUAUAUAAGGUGAAGAGUAAUGGCUAUAGUAUUUAUUAGUUUUGUAACGAACUGAUAAAGCUAAUAGUAUGCCUAUAUAGCAUUUGAAGGGGUAAAUAAAUCUAUCGUUCAUGUAGGAGCCUAUUAUUUUUGAACAACCGAUCUGAUUGACAGAGACUUUAUUGCCAUUUUUCCAAUUAUAACCAGUAAUGAUCCCUGGCUCAACAACAUUUUUAUUGAUGCAGGGAGAUGGAGCGUCUCUCAUACAACAACUUGCUGGUACAGAGUUUUCUAUAGUUUGGAAAAUAUUUCCAUCCCUGGCAAUAAGAACUUUAAAUUUAAUUUAUUAAAAGUGACGUCUCGAUUAUAUUAUUAAAUAGUAUGAUGGAUAGUAAAAAACUUUGACACUCACUGUUGCAGGGCCUCUUGCCAACCAACAGUAAACCAUUCAUCUGGGCUAUUUUUACCGCAGCAUUGAUGAGUAAAUUGCAUUUUAUCUAAUACAGGUUUCAUUUUUAAAUAUUUGUCAGAUUUCAUUCCUUUUUCAAAGAUUUCAUCGACAACUGUUUGAACUUGAUCAACAGCAACAGUAAUGACUAUCAGGAAUAUUAAAAGUACGAUUAUGUUUAAUAAUUCAGCCCAGCUUAAAAAAUAAUUGGUACGAGCCCAGUUUCUUCUAGUCUCACCGCCCUUAUAGACAAAAUAAUUGAUCCAACUACUAAAUAGGGUUAGAGUCAUUUGAAAUCCAGCUAAAACUCCCAUGAGAGUCGCUAGAUUUACCCUUUGAGCAGUUUGGAAUUGAGGAACUUUUAGCGCCUCGUUCAAUUCUUUUCCAGCUAUAGAACCCCAAAUUAUUUGCACAAGGCUAAGAAGAAAAAAUAUACCAUUGCCAAUUAAUAGUAAGAACAAUAGAUUCGUUCGGCCACUUUCAAAUAUAGAAAAGAGAGGAAGUGGUUUACUCUUCUUUAGAGUUUUACCAGCAAAUUUGAUGGCUUUUUUACCUUUCUUUUUCGCUAUUUUUUGAGCUUUUUUCCUAGUUUCCUUAAUAUGUUUUACGCCAGUUUUAACGUCCUUUUCCAUAAUAAAAUUAUUGAAUAAAUAAAUACAGAACAGCUAAUAUUUGAAUUUGGUUAAUCUUUUUGAACACAUCAUUAUCUUCAUUUUGUUUCUCAUAUGAGUUUAAUUGUGU